GAUAGACGUUUUAGUUCCUUUCAUUGUUCUUCUUGCUUUCUGUUUGUUUUUUUUUCUUUGCUUUAAUGUUAAAAAAGAAAAAGUUCCUUAAUAUUUAAUUUUAUCACAAUUCGUUACCAAAACAGCUGAAACUGCCCGAUUUAAGAAGAUCUCGUGCAAUAAAUAAAAAAUAAAAAUAAAAAAAGUAAAUGCGCAAGAAACUGAAAAUAUAUAUAAAAUUGGAAUCAGAAAUAAGAGAAUCUCUACACAUCCACCAGGUUACGUGACGUGCGUUCGUUUUAAGUCAGCUUUAAUGUCUUAUAUAUAUUAAGGUGUUUGUGUUUGUGCGCGUGUCUUCAGUUUCAGAGCUUAAAACAGAAAACAAUCUAAUAAAUGAGACGAACCAAAAGUGGUUCGAUUGAAACCAACGUGAAACUCACAAAAUCUUAAUGCUUUUCAUUUCAAAUAAAUAUUUUAAAGAAAAACUAAAGAAUUCGAGAAAGUUAUUUCAAACGAAUCAUUUCAUAAAAACGAGUUAACAGAGGUCUCUGAACUGUUUAGACACCCUUCGGGGGUGUCUUCAAUAAUCAUCUCUAGCUGCUGCGUAUAAAAAAAACGUGAAAGAGAGAGAGAUGGAACAAUUUGAGCAGUUGUUAACAUGUUGCGUUUGCUUGGACCGUUAUCGUAUACCGAAGUUGUUACCAUGUCAACAUUCUUUUUGCAUGGAACCCUGCAUGGAGGGUUUAGUGGACUACGUGCGUCGUCAGGUAAAAUGUCCAGAAUGUCGUGCCGAGCAUCGCAUACCGUACAAUGGCGUUCAAGCAUUUCCCACCAAUGUAACGCUGCAACGUUUUCUCGAAUUACAUAUCGAGAUAACCGGCGAAUUACCAGAUCCUACAUCAGGACAAAUCAUGGAACGUUGUAAUGUUUGCUCUGAAAAAGCAUAUUUACAACCAUGUGCACAUUGUGAGAAGAAGAUAUGCGAGGACUGUAAAAGUGCGCAUAUGGACAUUUUGCGACGCGAAAUAGCACGUUUCAAUUCGCAGAUUCGUCGUAGUUUACAUCGACUACAAGAUGCGUUAGCUUUAAUUGAGAAAAAUAUGGUGAGUUUACAAACGAAUUGUACCAGUACUACCGAGGAAAUUGAUGAAAUUUAUCGACGAGUAACAAAAGCCAUUAAAGACCGUUCCGAUCAGUUGAAAGGUGAAAUCGACCGUUAUUUGACGGGGGAGUUGCGUAACCUAAGCACAUUGAAGGAGAAUCUGGACGCUGAAAUUAACAAUAUUAACAGUAACUGUGACAUAGUUGAUAAAUAUAUGAAUGAUGCAGUAGACUGGGACGAUUGCGAACUAAUGGAUACGAAGGAGAUCUUUUUGAAGACUGUUGAGUUUUUGCGUCACUUUGAAUAUGAAAAUUCCGAUUAUACACGUCGUGUGCGUUUUGUAGUUUCUAUGGAUCCUAAUCAAUUGGUCAUGAACUUAUCUACUUUUGGUGAUUUGAAUAUAAUGACUCAUUCAACAGGAGGGUCAACUAGCAGUGCUCAUUUGGCUCCACCUUCAACUCUACAGCCAGGUUUGAUGCGUUCGAAAAGUGAUCACCGUUUAGCUAGCCAGUAUCGUCAGCAAGAGGAACGCUGUGGUUAUAAUGACGAACCGGUAUUGGGUGGUCGCAAAUUUGGCGAGCGUCCAGUGCGGAUAAAUACCGAUCGUUAUAGUGAUAUAAGCUCGAACCGUUACAGUCGACCCGAUUACGACUACGAUAAUGAUUACGAUAAUGAACAAUCUACUCGCCCAGCAAAAUCGCGUUUCCGUUCACGUUUCGUUCGUUCCCAUCAAAAUGACGACUCCGAUAGCGAGCAACAGCUAUCGCAACGACAAGAGCAAGAAAAGAAAAAGGAUAAAGUUAAAGAUGGCGAAGACGCCUCCCGCGGCCAAUUAAGCGGCAUUAUACGUUUAAGCGAUUGCGCCCGGGUCAUUCAGCGUUUAGCAGAAAUUGGUAAAGAGAAAAAAGAGAAGAAGUCUGACGCCGGUGCCCAAGCAGCUGUUCAAGCAGCCAUUCAAGCGCAAAAAGCGGCCAUGGCCAGGGCCAGGCAAACUCAACAACAGUCUGGCGUUCAAAGACAAGUUUCCGAAGACGAUGAAAUAAAUCGUAUCAAACGUCAGAAUAAAAAUGCUCCCAGCACUUCAAGUACAACGACUUCAGCAACUGUACAAUCGCUUACAGAAACCGAACGUCCCGCUGUGGAUCGGGUAGCCGCUUUGAAACGAAACGUGGGUUCAUUGGGCAAUAGCGAAGAGAGUGACAGCUCCUCCCAACACACGUCGCCAGUGCGUAGGACCCCACCUAGAACAGAGAAUGUCAGUGAUUCUGAUAAAGACUCUGACGGAUCUCCUCCUACUCAACAGUCAAAAACAGUACCGCCAGUGCCACCACAAGUGACAGCGGUAAAGAAAAGUACACGUUCGGGUAGCAGUGAUUCGAGUGCCUCGGCUGAAAGUUCAGUCAGUUCGGUGGCUGCUGCUGCGGCUGUUGCAUCGACAGCACCAACUAGUACAAGUCGCGCACCGUCUGUCAGCCGCUAUUCAACAGCUCGUGAAAGUCCUGCUCGUACGCGGCCGACAACAAUCGCUCCGGCAACUAGCACUCCAGCUUCGACGGAGAAGAAACCGUUCGUAAGUCGCUUUUUACCGCAACAUAGUACUGCGGCAGCGGAUAAGAACAAAACAGACUCAUCCUCUAGUAGUGAGGAGGAAACCUCAACUGAAGAAUCGGAAGACGAGAUUGACACUCAAUCUGCAAAAACAUCAGCGAAUAGUGCAAAUAAGACUACAGCUAGCACAAAUUCUUCAACCGCGGUGGCUGGAAGUUCAGCUGCCUCAUCUUUUCGUGAUCGUCUUGAAGCGAGACGCAAUUCACGCGACGAUGCCACCUCCAGACUUUCAUCAGCUUAUACCACGCCAUCGAGUAGUAGCACUACAAGUAGCGGUUAUGGUACAAGCACAACUGCACGUCAACGUGCGGUCCCCGCUUCUCAUCACGAUACUGAUGACCGUUAUGAACGAGGCGCGGGAGCAGGGAGCAGCUACACAAGCCGCUUUCUGAAUAAAAGUAAAAGCAGCGCCAUCGUGUCACAACCAUUGUUAGCGACCCCAAAUGCCUCAUUCGAUGAGGAUGCCAACGGCACUGGCGAUGAUUCGGAUUCACGUUACGGCACCGGACGUUCACGUUAUUUAGCGAUGAAGGAACGACGCAAUCGUUUAGCACGUAGCCGUUCAUCGCAUCAAUUUGGCAACGACGAUGACGAUUUAGAUGAACCGGUAUCACCGACAACGGCCUCACCCUCCGCUUAUUUAGCUUCAAGAUAUAGCGGUUACGGUACUUCGGAUUUGGCUCGCAGUCGUUCAUCGCACGCUUUGAAGUCACGAGAAAAUUCUCCUAUAACUGAUCGCAGUACGACGUCAUCUCGUAGCGCUAUCGGUUCUUCAUCGACCACUGCCGAUAAUAAAGAUGGUGAAGCUUUAAGCUCCUGGGCUCGUUAUCUAAAGAACAAAUACGGCAACAAAAGUAUUAAGGAUACUCCAAGUGUUGGCGCGCGUGAUGCACUGAGCAACAGUAGCACUGCUACGACACUGCCAUCAACAUCUCAUAGCGUUGGAGGUAGUGGUAGUAGCCGUAGCCACGUUGCCAGUGAUGUAUCACGACGCCUUAGCCUAGGUUUGCCGUUGAGACAAGUGAACGAACUUGUUUCUUCUGAUGAUGACGGUUCAAAAAACGGGCUAGGCUCCCCUACCUCCCCUACGGUAGCAGCAGUAGCAGCUCACGGUAUAACCGGAGUAGCAGGUACUACCCUUAAACAGUUGUACUUGCGCAAGCGUCAACAGCUGUUCCAACUGGGGGGCCGGGGGAGCGAGCCCGGUUCUUUUACUUGGCCACGCGGUUUAGCUGUAGGUCCGGAUAAUAGCAUUGUCGUUGCUGACUCGUCAAAUCAUCGUGUUCAAGUAUUUAAUUCGAACGGCAUUUUUGUCAAACAAUUUGGCGAAUACGGUAACGGCGAAGGCGAAUUUGAUUGCUUAGCCGGUGUAGCAGUUAAUCGUAUCGGUCAAUAUAUUAUUGCAGAUCGUUAUAAUCAUCGCAUACAAGUUCUCGACCCGCAAGGACGUUUUCUACGUGCAUUUGGUAGCCAAGGCACCACAGAUGGUAAAUUCAAUUAUCCGUGGGGUGUAACUACUGACGCCUUAGGUUUCAUUUAUGUCUGCGACAAAGAAAACCACAGAGUCCAGGUUUUUCAAUCUGAUGGUACAUUUGUUGGCAAAUUUGGUAGUUGUGGUCGUGGCGAAGGACAAUUGGAGCAUCCGCAUUAUAUUGCCGUAUCGAAUACGAAUCGUGUCAUAGUCUCAGAUUCGAAUAACCACAGAAUUCAGAUAUUCGAUGUCAAUGGCAAAGUGGUUUCCACAUUCGGUGUCGAAGGUUCUGAUGAUGGUCAAUUUAAAUUUCCCAGAGGUGUUGCUGUGGAUGAUCAAGGUUAUAUAUUUGUCGCAGAUUCUGGGAAUAAUCGCAUACAGAUUUUCAAUCCCGAUGGUAGUUUUCUUAAAACCUUUGGCUCCUGGGGUUCCGGUGAUUCGGAAUUCAAAGGACUCGAAGGUGUGGCUAUCAUGUCUAAUGGCAAUGUAUUUGUGUGCGAUCGUGAAAAUCAUCGCGUGCAAGUAUUCUAA